UCCUCGGUUGUCAUUGUUUGCAGUCUGACGUGUGUUUUUGUGUGCCCGCAUGCGCACGCGGUUGCACAAGUCUCUGGUUUCCGGGAGUCAUGUUGCCAUGUUUUAAAUAUGUGGACAGAUGACAGGAGUCAUGAACUCACUUGCCUCGCCUCUCCCCCGGGUUAGGAAGGUGUGUGUCUGCACUUGUGCGUGCGCACAUUUGCAUGCGGGCACAUUUUUAGUUUGUAAUCGAGAUCACAAAGUCGACAACAUGGAGCUUCACGACAAGGAAGCGGACUCCGGAGAGAUUCUGCCGGUGGUGAUCGUAGGUAACGGCCCCUCUGGGAUCUGUCUGUCAUACCUGCUGUCGGGCUACACCCCCUAUCUGUCGCCCGGCGCGUCGCAUCCCAACCCGUUGCUGCACAGCAAACUGGCCGAGCAGCCCGCCCUGCCCCUGCUGGAGCAGGACUUGGAGUACCUGUGCGAGGGUCUGCAGGGGCGCUCGUCCAACCCGGUGGCCGUGCUCUUCGACUCGCUGCUGUUGCCCGACAGCGACUUCGGCCUGGACCACAUCUCCCCGCUCGAGUGGCGCUACGAGCCGGAGAGAGCCGUGCCGCACUUGGUGCUGGGGAAGGGGCCCCCGGGAGGAGCCUGGCACGCCAUGGAGGGCUCCAUGCUAACGCUAAGCCUUGCUAACUGGAUGGAGCUGCCGGGACUUAAACUGAAGGAGUGGAUGAAAGACAAGAGAAGAAACGUGCGCAACGACCGCGCCACGCCGGCCGAGAUCGCCUCCUACUACCAGCACUAUGUGUCCCAAAUGUCCCUAGAGGACAACUUUGCCUGCGGGACCACCGUCACCUCGGUCACCAGGCAGCCCGCAGAUCACCGUGACGCCCGCGGCGGCUGCUGGCGGAUCAAAGGACUGCAGUGCCGAGAGGGCGAGGAGCUUGGAGACGAUUCUCCCGUGGAGCAGGUGCCCUUCUCCCUGCUGGCACGCAACGUCGUGUUGGCGACGGGCACCCACGACAUCCCCGCCCGGCUCGGCGUGGAGGGCGAGUCGCUGCCCUACGUGUGCCACUCCUUCUGGGAGCUGGAAGGCGCCAUCUCCCGCGGCGAGCUGGACGAGUCGUCGGACCCGGUGCUCGUGGUGGGCGCCGGACUUACGGCCGCCGACGCCGUGCUGGCGGCCCACCACCUCAACACGCCCGUCUACCACGCCUUCCGCCGCGCCGUCACCGACCCCGGGCUCAUCUUCAACCAGCUGCCCAAGAUGCUCUAUCCGGAGUACCACAAGGUUCACCAAAUGAUGAUGCAGCAGCAGCACCAGUCGGCGUCUCCUCUGGACUCGUCUUCCUCGCCUCCACACUUCUUGUCCUCCUCUUCCUCGUCGUACUCCGGCUACCUCAGCUUCCCGCGCCACCGCGUGGUCUCUUUCCGGCCGGACCGCAAAUGCGUCUUGCAGUCGGACUCGGGCCAGCGUAGCGUGGUGCAAGUAUCCAAGGCGCUGGUGCUGAUCGGAGCCCACCCCAACUUGUCCUUCCUGCCCGAGCAGGGCCGCCCUCUGGGGGUGCGCCCGGAUGAGGCCGUCACCUGCCGCAGGAACCCCGUCGACGUGGAUCCCUUCACCAACCGCGUGGUGGCGGCCGACGGGCCCGGCAUGUACGCCAUGGGGCCGCUGGUAGGGGAGAACUUUGUGCGGUUCCUGAAGGGUGGCGCCCUGGCCAUAGCCAGCGAUAUCGCCAAGGGACAGAGGGGGGGCGACGGCGUGGGAGCGCCGGGGUCCUCGGACCAACUGGCUGAUAAGUGGGUGGACAGGCAGGCAGAGGUGUUACGAUAGCUGGAGAAGUGAAGGUGCAAACGGCCUUCCUUCGUCAUUGUGCAAUUGGACUUUAAAAGAAAAAAAAUCUGCUUUUUUAAAAAAAACUUUCAUUUCAUAGCGGUGGUUUUACCGGGCGUCCUCGAGCCGUAGCUUGGGCCUACAUAUCCUAAUAUGUGAUAAAAAAUAUUUGCCAUGCACUACUUUCAAAUUCAUCUACCCAAUCCUUUGUUAUUUGCUGUUUUUGUGCUUAGGUCAAAUCCAUGUCUGACAUAAAAGUAGUGCCUUGGUGCCCACCUGUGGCAUAUUAGUACCUAAAUUUUGCUCCGUCGUUUACAUGACAUUGUAAAAUUUUAUCAUUACCAUUCCUUCACGGCUCACCUGUUUUCCGAAGCUGAGCCAUGAUUGGUUGUUACCCGAGCACUGAACAACUGUGAUGUCUUUUUCAGUCUAAAUCAAAUGGCAAAAUGGCCGACCAUCCCCACCCCCCCACCCCUUGCCGCGCUUCGACUGAUGAGGCUGCAAAGCGUAGGACAUGUUCUCGGAAAGAAAAGUGUGCUCUUGACUUGCCCUUUAAAUAAUAGCUCAGCUAUGUCAACACAUGAGCACAAUUAGGUUGACGGAAGAGCAACGCUUAGCUGCUAUUGUGUGGCAUCUGCGGGAGUUCAUGAACUCGUUUGGGCGCAUCACUUAAUGGCAAUUUUUUGCCGUUUGCGCCAUGGUUCCUUCUUCUACAUGAUACGGAUUUCAUAUAUAUAUAUUUUUUAAUUGUCUGGUUGCUACCAGAUGGCAGCAAAGGACAACUUUUGUCCAAAUGAAGCUCCUCAACUCACGUUUCGAAAUGACGGCAAAGCACAGAAACGGCAUAAUAGGUGUGGGUUUUUUUAAUUUUUAUUUUUUUUAAUGCGCAGCUAAAGUUGCCAGCUGGUGUGUGUCUACCACUUUAAGAACCUCAUCCUAACCGUAGAUGGGCAUCACGCUGCUAGAACCCGGUCACAUGACCAAAACAACAAAAAUAGGUCAGUCAAGACGAAACUUGGGGUUCCUUCUUUUUUUUUUUUUUAAUAUCCAUUUCUGUGAUCAUUCUUUCGAUAAGAAUAUAUUCGGUGUCUAUAUAACUAUUCUUCAUUCCAUGACCAAAGUCAUGAUUCAAUACACUGUGAUGACUCUUGACAGUUUUGUUCAUCUGACACUGUUCACACGGCACCUACUGUAUGCCUUUCUUCCUUCCCUCGGGCCUACUUUUAUUUCACAGCCAUACUUUCUUUACUUCAAAAAUACAUGUCUGACUUUCUCCACUUGCUUUGUGUAAAACAAAAAACAAUUGGAGCAUAUGCUAAUGAGUGAGGUCACUUGAACGUAAAAUGGAUGCCCCACAUUCAGAAUGAGUACGCAGAGUUUAUAAAUAACAUUGGAAUUUUAAUGUAAAAAUCCUAUAUUUGUAAUUUUUUUAUAUUGCCUUUUGUGAUAUUUAAAAAAAAAAACACAAAACGCUUCUAAAUCAAGUUUAAGUGUACAUUGUAUGUUUUGGACUUUUUUUGCAUAUUUUUUUUUAAACAUUUGUUUAAACUUGAAGUUUGUUCACGUGUAAAACAUGAAAACAGCGCGUGGUCUUCACCAGCUUCCAAAAUGACACCGCAACUUUGUAUGCAGACAAAAUAGACCUUGGGUGGAAAAAUGCAAACACUGGAUCCUUCAUUUUGGUUGCUCGCUGACCUCGGACCUCGCUUGAUAACUUUAUUCCCCACCCCUCACCCCUCCAUGUCCCUGCAAGAAAAGAAUGGAGACUUUUCCCAAUGAUGAUUUACUUAAAAGUUAAUCAUUGGCAACACCAGGGGACAAAAGGACAGUGGAACAGUUUGAAGUUACCUUACUUGACCUAAAAAUUCAACCAAAAAAAAAAAGCUAAUUUAUUUUACUUUUUAAAAGCAAAUUUAGUCAAGUUGUUCUCAUUUCAAAACUUGUUUUAACCAUUUGAAAUAAUAUAAAGGCAAUUGUUUUUAUGUGCUGGUGACGUUUUAGGUCCAAUUUUAAUAGUCUUUGCUGUCAUGCGUCAUUAAAAAAAAAAGACGGCAAAGCAAAAUUUUAACUUGUGUAUUUUAAAUCCUUUCAAACUUUUUGUACGAUUUGACAAAAUUUCCUGUUGUUUGCACUCCAAAUUGGACCACUUUUUUGGGGCCGUUCCACUAUGCGACAACAAUAUUUGAUUUAUUGGCCAAACAUGCAAAAGCAAAACACAUUUAUGCUUGUACUAUAUUUGAAAUGAACUGAUCAUCCUGUCUCAAAUGAUGUUUGUGUUGAACUUUAGUCAACUUGUAUGUAUAGUUUUGCGAACUCGGACACUGAAUUGGCUUGUUUCAGACAAGCCAGUGGUGCCUUUCAAUCUCAUGCAAUCAAUAACGAAAUGAUUACAUUUAGAUUGUUGUCUACUUCAAUAUGCACAAGAUGAUGCUUGUACUCCACAUGAUGUUUGUAUCCAAUCAAAUUGUAUAUAUUAAAGGCACUUCUGUGCAAACCUA